GAAAUGGUUUCUCAGGGGAUUCAGAUCAUCGGCAUAUCGAUGGCCGUGAUUGGCUGGUUCAUGGUCAUCGUGGUGUGCGCCCUGCCCAUGUGGAAGGUCACCGCUUUCAUCGGGGCCAACAUCAUCACGGCGCAGACCAUCUGGCAGGGCAUGUGGAUGAACUGCGUGGUGCAGAGCACGGGCCAGAUGCAGUGCAAGGUGUACGACUCCAUGCUGGCGCUGCCCCAGGACCUGCAGGCCGCCCGCGCCAUGGUCAUCAUCUCCAUCCUGACGGGGGUCGUUGGGGUGAUGUUGUCCAUCGCCGGCGGGAAAUGCACCAACUGCAUCGAGGAUGAGCGGUCCAAGGCGAAGGCCUGCAUCCUGGCUGGCGUCUUGUUCAUCGUCUCGGGUCUGCUCUGCCUCAUCCCGGUCUCCUGGUCCGCCAACAGCAUCGUCACCAACUUCUACAACCCACUGUUGAUCGAGGCCCAGAGGUACGAGCUGGGGGCGGCCCUGUACCUUGGCUGGGCGGCCGCCGCGCUACUGCUCAUGGGAGGCGGGCUGAUGUGUUGGAACUGCCCGCCCAAACACGAGCACCCCCACUACGUGCCCAAAUUCAGACCUGUGAAGACGGUCUCCACAUCAAGAGAAUACGUUUGA